GGCGGCUCCCUUGGCCCUGGUGCUUGUGGUAGCCGUGACCGUGAGGGCGGCCUUGUUUCGCUCCAGCUUGGCCGAGUUCAUUUCUGAGAGGGUGGAGGUGGUGUCCCCACUGAGCUCUUGGAAGAGAGCUGAGUCUGCAUAUGUGUACCACAUGUGUGCAGCUGCUGGUGGAGGCCAGAAGAGGGUGUCAGAUCUCCUGGAACUGGAGUUAAGAGCAGGUGUGAGCUGCCCAAUUGGUUGAAGGCCUUUCGCUGUUGGAUUUAGGAGUGUCUCCGUACUCUGGAGCAGUAUUUCAUGAAACUCCAUUAAUAAUAUACGUCUUUCAUUUCCUAAUUGAUUAUGCAGAAUUGGUAUUUAUGAUAACAGAUGCCCUCACUGCUAUUGCCCUGUAUUUUGCAAUUCAGGACUACAAUAAAGUUGUGUUCAAAAAGCAGAAACUUCUCCUAGAACUGGACCAGUAUGCCCCAGAUGUGGCCGAACUCAUUCGAACCCCCAUGGAAAUGCGAUACAUCCCUCUGAAAGUGGCCCUGUUCUAUCUCCUAAAUCCCUAUACAAUCCUGUCUUGUGUUGCCAAGUCUACCUGUGCCAUCAACAACACCCUCAUUGCUUUCUUCAUUUUGGCCACAAUAAAAGGCAGUGUUUUCCUCAGUGCUAUUUUUCUUGCCUUAGCAACAUACCAGUCUCUGUACCCAAUCACCUUGUUUGCCCCUGGACUUCUUUAUCUCCUCCAGCGGCAGUACAUCCCUGUGAAAGUGAAGAGCAAAGCCUUCUGGAUCUUCUCUUGGGAGUAUGCCAUGAUGUACGCAGGAAGCCUAGGGGUAAUAGUCUGCCUCUCCUUCUUCCUUCUCAGCUCCUGGGACUUCAUCCCUGCAGUCUACGGUUUCAUACUUUCUGUUCCAGAUCUCACUCCAAACAUCGGUCUUUUCUGGUACUUCUUUGCAGAGAUGUUUGAGCACUUCAGCCUCUUUUUUGUCUGCGUGUUUCAGAUCAAUGUCUUCUUCUACACAAUCCCUUUAGCCAUCAAGUUAAAGGAGCACCCCAUCUUCUUCAUGUUCAUUCAGAUUGCCGUCAUCUCUAUCUUCAAGUCUUAUCCAACUGUGGGGGAUGUGGCCCUCUACAUGGCUUUCUUCCCUGUGUGGAACCAUCUCUACAGAUUCCUACGGAACAUCUUCGUCCUCACCUGCAUCAUUGUCGUCUGCUCUCUUCUCUUCCCUGUCCUGUGGCACCUAUGGAUUUAUGCAGGAAGUGCCAACUCUAAUUUCUUUUAUGCCAUCACACUGACCUUCAAUGUUGGGCAGAUCCUGCUCAUCUCUGACUACUUCUAUGCCUUCCUGCGACGGGAGUAUUACCUCACACAUGGUCUCUACUUGACUGCCAAAGACGGCACGGAGGCCAUGCUUGUGCUCAAGUAGCUCUGGCUGGCACAGAGCUGCCUGGACAAGAGGGGGAAGGGCCAGAAGCUGGGCCAGGUCCUUCAUCCAGAGUUGCCAGGAGGCAAGUCCUCAGACAGAAGACAUUCAAGUCCAGGGUUAUAAAUCUCUGGCACCAAAGGGGACUCAUAGCUGGCAACAAGGCCCAUGGGGAGAAGCUAGGAGCACCCCCCCCUUGGACCCCUACUUUGUGACUGUGCACAGAAACGGAAGGGGAAGCAGCAGGUGAGCAGGGCUUUAUAGGUUGUGGCUACUUAAUAAAUGUGUGGGUUUUUUCA